AACCCGGAUCGGCGCGUCUAUCCGCGGCGGCUGCGCACGUCGCAGGCGCAGAUUCCGCCGACUCCGGCGGUCUCCGCUGCGCGGACGGGCACGGGCGCGGGCCCGCACGGUCCCCGCCCGGGUGCGGGAUGGCGGCCAGCCUGUGGAUGGGAGACCUGGAACCCUACAUGGAUGAGAACUUCAUCUCUAGAGCCUUUGCCACCAUGGGGGAGACCGUGAUGAGCGUCAAAAUUAUCCGAAACCGCCUCACUGGAAUCCCAGCUGGCUACUGCUUUGUGGAAUUUGCAGAUUUGGCCACAGCGGAGAAGUGUUUGCAUAAAAUUAAUGGGAAGCCCCUGCCAGGAGCCACACCUGCAAAACGUUUUAAACUGAAUUAUGCCACUUACGGGAAACAACCAGACAACAGCCCUGAGUACUCCCUCUUUGUCGGGGACCUGACCCCAGACGUGGAUGAUGGCAUGCUGUAUGAGUUCUUUGUCAAAGUCUACCCCUCCUGUCGGGGAGGCAAGGUGGUUUUGGACCAGACAGGCGUGUCUAAGGGCUAUGGUUUUGUGAAAUUCACAGAUGAAUUGGAACAGAAGCGAGCCUUGACGGAGUGCCAGGGAGCAGUGGGACUGGGGUCUAAACCUGUGCGGCUGAGUGUGGCCAUCCCUAAAGCGAGCCGUGUAAAGCCAGUUGAGUACAGCCAGAUGUACAGUUACAGCUACAACCAGUAUUACCAGCAAUACCAGAACUACUAUGCCCAGUGGGGCUACGACCAGAACACAGGCAGCUACAGCUACAGCUAUCCCCAGUAUGGCUACACACAGAGUACCAUGCAGACAUAUGAAGAGGUUGGGGAUGAUGCCCUGGAAGACCCAGCGCCACAGCUGGAUGUGACUGAGGCCAACAAGGAGUUCAUGGAACAAAGUGAGGAACUGUAUGAUGCACUGAUGGACUGUCACUGGCAGCCCCUGGACACUGUGUCCUCAGAGAUCCCUGCCGUGCUGUAGCCAGGACAUAUGGAUGGACUGUCAUCAGGGUUUUGUUUUGGGGUUUUUUUUUUUUUUUUGAAGCUUUUAUCUUUUUGAAAAUGGUUUAUAAGAUUUAAUAAUUUACCGUUUUCUGAGAUUGUGAGCCACUUCUCCACUUGUUAUAUUAUUAAGCCAUGGUGAAAGACAUGGAAGGGAAUUGUUCUAACAGGAGCUUGGUACAUCACGUGACAUUUCUAAAACCCUUAGCUGGAGUUCUAGAGAGAAGUGGCCUAGUGGCCAAGGGCACUUACUGUUCUCCCAGAGGUCCAAUUUCUGUUUCCAAGUCAGGCAGCUCUCCUACCCUGCAUGAGACUCCAACUACGAAGAACCCGAACAUCCACUUCUGUAGAUAACCCACAAACACAUUUAGAGACCACGCAGAUCAUUAAGACACGGGCUCGAUGCUUCUGAUUGUUCAUCAGUUUUCCAAGUAAAAGAGGUAAUUGUAGUGUAAA